GAUGACGUUAUGAUCGCUAAGAUGCACAAAUCAGAUAUCGCCCAGGAAUAAAUCAUAAAGUAUUCUGAUAAUAGUUGCAACUGUAACGUUUAGCAUUUGUUUGUAAAUAAAUAAAAAAUUUACUUUGGCCAUGCCUUUGCUCUCGUGUAGAGUUCCACUAUUAAAAUGUUAUUUAAGACUUUCAUUUCCUCACAUUUCAACGAGAAACAGUUGCAAUGAUCUUCUUUCUGGCUUAGUAAGAAGAGGAUUAGUGAAGCAAAUUUUCCCAACCAAUAGCAUAGCUGAUAUUCCAGGCUCUUAUAGUGCUUAUGCUGGAUUUGAUGCUACAUCUGACAGUUUACACAUUGGUAAUCUCCUAGUUAUAGUUUCUCUUCUCCAUUGGCAAAGAGCUGGUCACAAAACUAUCUUAGUAAUCGGGGAUGCAACUGCAGAAAUUGGUGAUCCUAGUGAACACAAAGAAGACAGGAAAAUACUCUCCAAAGAUGUAAUUAAGGCCAACUGUGAUGCAAUUGAGAGUAAUGUUCUAAAGAUAUUUGAUAAUCAUGAAAGAUAUUUAUAUCCAAGGGCUAAAAGGAAAACUAAAUUAGGAGAGUUGAUUUUAUUUAGAAACAGUGAGUGGUAUGGUAACAAAAGCGUUGUAGACUUUUUUACUCAAGCUGGAAGGCAGAUUAGAGUUGGAGAUAUGCUGUCAAGAACAAGUGUGAAAUCUAGAAUGGAAAGUAAAGCGGGUAUAAAUUUUACUGAGUUUAGCUACCAAGUUUUUCAGUCAUAUGAUUGGCUACAUUUGUUUCAAGAGCAUAAUUGUAAAUAUCAAUUUGGUGGCAAUGAUCAGUUAGGAAACAUUACUUCUGGAUACAAUCUCAUAUCUGGUUGUCAUUAUCAACAAGUGUAUGGAGCAUUGCUGCCACUUAUCCAAUCUGAGACUGGCGACAAAUUUGGAAAAAGUGCAGGGAAUGCUGUUUGUUUAUCAUCUCAUCGCACUUCUCCUUUUGACUUCUAUCAGUUUUUUAUGAGGCUUCCCGAUACGGAAAUAAAUUACUAUCUAAAGCUGUUCACUUUUCUAGAGUUAGAAGAAAUUGAAAAUAUUUAUCAGAAACAUAUUAAUCAUCCUGAUUCUCAGAGUGCACAGAAACGUUUGGCUGAAGAAGCGACAUUGCUUGUACAUGGAGGAGAAGGCCUUGAGUUUGCCAAAAAUGCUACAAAUAUAUUAUUUCAUUCUGAUAUAACUGCCUUAUGUCAAUUAAAAGCCGAAGAAGUUAACCAAGUUUUUCCCCAAUCUUCAGUGUCUAAAAUUCUCUUUGAGCCUGGUACUACUAUAUAUGAUUUAACAAUGAAAAUUGGCUGUUUUUUAAAGAAAGAGGAUGCAAAUCGAAUAAUCAAGGGUGGAGGAGUAUAUCUGAAUUUUGAAAGAGUUACUUCUCCUGAUUAUAUAAUAGUUCCAGAUUUGCACAUUCUGUCGAAUGGAAUAUCUUUAAUAAGAAUAGGAAAGAAGAAUUAUUAUGUUGUAUGCUGGAAAUAGGUAUGCCUAUGGAAUUACAAAUGGAAGUUGUUUGUAUGUAUUAAGUUAUUGAAUAAUAAAUUUAAAUACAACUAA